UUCAACGCAGCAUAAGAUAAUUGGCAGCUAAGGAAGGAGCAUACCACUUAAGAAGACAGAUCUAAAACGUGACAAGUGCUCUUACACAACAUGUGCACACUGUAGCCAGUAGUGCCUCAUUCCUGUGUGAAACUGCUGAUUAGAGCCAUGCCAUUCUCGCGAAGCUUCCUGUCUGAAGAGCAGCUGCUGUGCUCCAUCUGCUUAGAUGUGUUUGACAAUCCGGUGUCCACGCCAUGCGGCCACAGCUUCUGUAUGACCUGCAUCGGCCACUACUGGGACUCAGUGAAGCACUGUCAGUGCCCCCUCUGCAAGCAGACCUUCAAGAGAAAGCCCGAUCUCCACAUUAAUCGAACUCUCCGAGAGAUCACUGAACAGUUCAAGCGCAUGAAGGGAAACCCGGGGGCCUCUGGAGGGGACGGGGCAGAUAAAGACGCUGAGGAAGGGGGAACAACACAAGAGCCAGUUGGUAGUACACUUAGGCCAGGCCAACUUCCAGGUUAUCUUCUUGAGGAAAUGAUGCAGAGAGACACACGGCACAGGGCACACCGCAACUCUCUGGCCUCUCAGAAUGAAACAAUUGAACAAACACUAAACACUGAUAGUACUAGUGACACCCAGCCACCUGGUUUUGCCAGACAGGUGUCCCUGCGAAGGUAUACCUUGAGUGGGGCGGCAGAUGCCAUGAAAGUCCCCCUUUGUCCAAAACAUCACCGAAACCUGGAGCUGUUCUGUCGAUCUGAUCUGGAAUGUAUUUGUGUUGAGUGUGGACAAACGGAACACCAGUCACAUAACAUCACAUGUGCCGAGAAAGAGUGGCAGAGUCAUAAGAUGAAGAUUGCUAUCACGGAGAACGAGAUACAGGAGAUGACCAAGCAGAGGAUGGAGAAAGUGGAGGUGAUCAAACAAUCACUAGUUGAUAUCAAAAUGCUGUCAGAGCAUGAGGUGCAGUGCAGCAUGCAGCUGUUUGGAGCUUUGAUAAGCUCCCUCGAGCGCAGUCAGGCAGGGCUGCUGGAAGUGACUGAGAUAAACCGUCACUCAGCAGAGCACCAGGCUGAGCUCAUGAUCAGAGAGCUGGAGCAGGAGAUCACAGAACUGAGGAGGAGAAGCACAGCGCUUGCUAAACUGGCCCAGACUGAAAAUUACAUCACCGGACUGAAGGGCUACUCUGAGGUCAGCACUCCCAAGACAAUGAAAGACUGGACGGGUAUCUCGCUGACCUGUGACCUUGGAACUAAAACAAUUUAUACCUCUGUCUGUCAGCUACUGGAACAGUUUAAGGAGGAGCUUCAGAAAGUACCACCUGCCUUCUGUGAGUGACACUUGUC